CAAUAUGGCCGCCAAUCAAAAUGAUUUAACUGCUAAGAGAAAUCUUAGACAACGUUAUUUACUAUUUUUAUUUAUUAUAUUUAACUUUCCAGCAGUUUCUGGACAAAUGUCUAAGAAAAUCUACCCCCCAAUAAAAGAUGACGUACCUUUUAUAAAAUGUGAUGUAUGUCAAAAAGCUGUAAAAUAUUUAUUUAGAAAGACUAAAUCCAUGAGGGAGGAAACUUCGACUGCAAAGAUUGGAGAAGAAAAAUUGCAAGACCUUGUGGACAAAUCUUGCAAUCCUGACAGAUUUGAAGGGGAAUGGCUUGCAAAGUUGGACAUUCAGGAGAAAAAUGAUGAACUACAUUUAUCUGAGCAUAAUGAACUUGGGUCAUGCAGGACUGAGUGUAGAACUGUUGCAAAAGCUUGUGAGGAUACCGUUGGCGAAGCAGAUGUUGAUAUUGCUGAGGAAUUGUGGAAAAAUGAGCUCACUUUGUCCCAGAUGAUUAACAGAGUUUGUUACACUGACACAAGUGCUUGUAGCAAAAAUAAAGGGACAUUCAAAAGUGGCAAUAGAAAGGAUGAAAAAUUUCAUGUGAUGAGUGCUGAUGAAAAAAAAGCACAAGAAUAUCUGAAGAAAGCAAGUGAUACCCCAGGAAUGCCCAACAUGCAAAUGUACUCUCGUGAGGAGAUGAUGGAAGAAAUGGCUAAACAUCAAUCAAUGAAAGAUGAUGAUGAGUCAGAUGAUUCCACCACAGAGUACCCAAGUGGGGAAUUAUCAAUAUGGGAUACAAUUGUUCACAUUUUCCAUGACAUUUUGAACUGGAUAAGACAAUUAUUAGGAGUGCAAAAUAAUGUUUUUGGUGAACUGUAGUGUAAUAGCUAAGGUAUGGUA